AUGAAAAAUAUUAAUGAUUUUACUAAUGAAUCUGAUAAUAACAAAGAUUCUGAAAACGUGAAAUUAGUAAUAGAAAAGAACCAAGUAAACGGAAAUAAUGAAUUAAAGAAUAAUAGGUUAAAAGAUGAUGAAUUAUUAGAUAAUGAAAUAGAAAAAGGAUUAAAAAAUGAUUUUAAUGAAAAUUCGAAAAAUAUCACUAAUAUAAAUUUUUUUACGAAUAAAGAUUCAUCUAAAAUAGAAUGUUCUAAAAUGAAUGAAAAUGAUGAAAGAAUAUAUGAAUAUUCAUCAUAUAUAAAAAGUGAAAAAUGUCAAAAAGAAGAAAACGAUCAGGAAAAAAAAACUGAAAUAAAUAAAAAGUCAUUCUUACAGGUAAGUGAUAAAGAUCGUUACGAGUUUUUGAAAUAUAGAAAUUAUUUUUUUAUAGAAAAUAAAAAUCAUCUGGAUAUAUAUUUUGAAGCAAAAAACGUGUUAAAAAAUACAAAUCCUUCUUUAUUAUAUUUGUUAAAAAAUAUUUCUUUAUUAUCUCAUGUUAUUUAUUUCCAUGAAGUAAGAGAACAAAAAUUAUUGACAUCUGCUGAUAUAGAGAAUGUAACUAAUAUAUUAUAUAAGAAUGAAGACAAUUAUUCUGAUAAUUACACCGUUGUAUAUAACUGUUUAAUAUUUUUACUAGAAAUAAUUAAGUUAAGUUCUCAUAAUGGUGUUAAAAAUUAUGUAUACUAUCAUCUUUUAAGAAAUUUUAAUAAAAUUCAAAUACUUUUUUUUGACGAUUUUUGCUUUAAAAAAAUAAAAAAUAGAGAAAAUUUUUAUAUAAUUAGAAAAAAUGAAGCAAUAUUUAUUAAUGAUUAUAUUACAUUAGACAUUAUAAAGAUUUUGAAUCAAGAAAAUAAGUUAGUAAGAAUUUAUGGAUUAAAAUUAUGCUUUAUUUUUAUUAAAAAAGUUAGCCAAUGUAAUUACAUAAUUAAUCUUAUUUUAAAUAUCAUUUUUCAGGAGAUGAACUUUGAUGAAUUUUAUUAUGCUUUUCAUAUUUUUAUUGAAUUACUUAAUUUUUUAAGUCAUGAUGUUAUAUAUCAUAUUGUUAAAAAAUUUUAUAAUAGUUUAGUAAAUAAGGAUAAAAAAGGUAUUAAUUAUUAUUUAAAAUACAUAAAGGAAAAAGAAUCAUAUAGAAAUGUACCAAAUGCACUUUUUCAAAAAUCAGACGAUGAUGAAUCUAAUGACAAAAGACACAAAAAUAUUUACGAAAAAGGGGGUAUUCAUUAUUUAGAAAAAAAUAAUAAAAAUGAAUAUAAUCAACUUGUUUAUUCUUUGAAUGAAUAUAACAAUAACAUAAAUAAAAUAUAUGAUAAUAAUCAAAAUAAACCAAGAAAUAUGACAAAUAAACAUGUUACAAAUGAAAAAAUAGAUAAAAAAAAUUUUUUUACAAAGAACCAUAUAAAAAGUAAUAAUAAAAAUGUUAAUACAGAAGAUAAUACAAAAUACGAAGAAAAAAAUUGGGAAUAUAAAAAAAAAAAACAUUUGUUAAAUAUUUUAAGUAAUCAUUUUGUUUAUUCUAAAUGUAUUUUUUUAAGUAAAAUAGCUAUUAAAUUAAAUAAAUUUGUUCCAUAUUUAAGUUAUUUUCUAUUCAGAAAGAUGUGGAAUUUAAUUAAUAGUUUUUUUGAAUUUGACUACUUACAUGAUGAUGAAAAUAUAAUUAUAAAUAUCUUAGAUAACUAUUUUUAUGGCACAACCGUAUUAAGUUGCAAAAAUGUAUGUUUAACCAGUUUACAAAUUAUUAUAAUUAAACUUUUAUUAAAUAUACCCCAUACAUACUUAAUGAAAAAAAGAAAUAUAUCCUAUUUUGCUUUAAGAAGUUUAUUAUUUUUAAUGAAAAAAAAAAAAAUUUUUGUUUCCAUUGAUAAUUUAGAAUUAGCAAAAAAAAAUAUUGUUAACAAUUAUUUUUUUGUUAAAUAUUUUUCCUUUAUAUCUACUAUUCAGUAUUAUGAGUUAUUAAAUUGGCUGAAUUAUUUGCAAUUAAGUAAUAAUCCUUCCUUAUUAUUAUUUAUUAAGGUAGUAUAUAAAUUUUUUAAAAUUAAAAAUGAGAUUUAUGGAGAUUUUACAGAGAAUAAUAAUACUUCACCAGAAGGUAGCAAAAAUAAUAAAUAUGAUAUAAAUAAAAGUAAUAUAGAUAACAUUAAGAAUGAUUUUUUUAGUUUAAAUGGGACAUAUUUUGAUUCAUUUAUAAACAGUUUUUUAAGUAUUUUGGAAAAACAUAAUUUAACUGAUAAAGGAUUUAAUAAUAAUGAACAAAAUGUGAGUAACGAAAAAUUAAAAUCGCCUAAUUUCAUAAAAAAUGAAAACACUAAUAUAACAAAAAAUGAAGAUGAAUUAGGGAGAUUAAAUAGCAAAGAAGAAAGGGAUAUUGACAUAAAAAGAGAAUAUUCUUCUAUUGAUGAAAAUGAAAAUAAUAGUUUAGAUGAAAAUCAAAAAGGAAACUUUAAUUUUACCAUAAGCAUUAGUGAUGAAGCUAAUGAAAACGAACAGCAAGACGAAUUAAUUAAUAAUACAAGUGAUAAUGGGAGUAGAAUAGAAAAUAUUGAUUUUUUUUUUGAAAAUUUCAUUCAUUUGGCAAAAGAAAAAGAAAAAAAUAAUGAUAUUAAUAUAAAAAAUUUAAAUAUAACUUUGAAUAUAAAAAAAAAAAAGAACAUAAAUGAUAGAGAAAAUAAAAAAAGCUACCUAAGUAUUAAAAAAAAAAAAAAAAAAAAAAAAAAAAAAUCACAUUGCUUAUCAGAAAAUUAUGUUGAUUAUAAUAACAGUAUGAACAGUACAUAUAAUUAUAAUAUUUGUAAUAAUAAUUAUAUUAAUUAUCAUAAUAUUAAUGCUAAUAGUAAUGUGUGUAUUAACAACAAUAAAAGUAAUGAUAUUAGUAAUAAUAAUUAUGAGAAUAUUAAUAAUAUUAAUAAUGAAGAAUAUGUAAAUAAUAAUGAUAAUAAUAAUGACAAUAAUAAAUAUAUUAAUAACAAAGAUAUUAAUGGUAGAUAUGACAGUAAUAAUAAUUAUAACAUUUUUAAUGAACCAAAUAAGGUAGACAAUAUGUUUAGUCAUAAUAAAAUUUAUACAAAUAAUUGCCAUUAUUGGGAUAUUUACAAUAAAACUAAUAACAGAAAAAGUAAUAUAAAUAAAAACAUAUAUAAUAGUUCUAUAAAUAGUUCAAUAAGAGAUGAAAAUUCAAGAAGUGAUGUUAUAAGUGAAAUAAGUAAUGAAAAUUAUUUUUCAAAAGAUGAUAUGACUGAUUUAGCAAUUGAAAAUGAAAGAGAGAAUGUUAAUAAAGCAAACAGGGAGUGUAUAUUUCAUUGUUGCAGCAUUUUAAAAAAAAAUAAAAUAAAAUUAUAUAAUUUAAUUAAUGAAGAUAUUAUAGAUUCUGAUAUUUUUAAAGAUACUUUAUUUAUUAAGUUUAAAAAAGAAUUUUUAAAAAAAGAGAAAAAAUAUGUUACAAUGGAUGGAAAAUAUUCUUUUAGUAAAUUUUCUAAUCAGAAAAGUUCAUUAAAAAAAAAUAUAUCAAAUGAUUUUAUUAUGGAAAGAAUAAUCUUUAUAAAAAUUUUAUUUUUUUUGUAUAAAAAUAGUAUUAUUUUAUUAAUUAAAUUAAAUAUACUGAAAGUUUUAUCUAUACUAUCUGAUUAUUUAAUAUUUGAAGAAGAUAUAGAAAAUUUUUUAAGAAUAAUUAAUUAUUUUAUUAUAAAUUUUUUGAGUAACAAAAAAAUGUUAAAUGAAAAUGUUCCUUCUUAUAACAUUUAUGAUUAUGAAAAAAAUACGUUGUCCGAAACGAAUAAAAUUGAAUGUGGAGAUAUUAUUAAUAAUAUCAUUUAUUUAAAUACCAAAAAAAAAACAGAAGUAAACAAAAAUAAUUUUAAUAAGUACCCAUCUUAUAAUUCUGAUUCUUCAAAAAGCGGAAGUAUAAUUAUGUCAUCAGAUUCUUCUUUAAAUAAAGACAAAAAUUUUGAUAUUUAUAUAAAUAAUAUAUUUAAUAUUAAGUAUAACAUUAUAAGCAAUCAAAAGGAAAUCUUGUAUUAUAAUCAAAAUACCUUAAGAAAAUAUAUACGUAUAUAUUUAUUAGAUGUAAUAGAUAAAUUACUAUAUAAGAAAAAUAACCUUAUUUUAAAUUCUCUUUUUCAUUUAUUUUAUACUAAUAACUUUAUUCUCUUUUUUGAUUUAUUCCUUAUUUCAAAUAAAGAAAAGAUAAUUGAAGUUUUAAAUGAUCCUUUUUUUUAUUUAAUAAAUAAAAAAAGUAAUGAUAAGAGUAAUAAUAAUUUAAAUGAAAACAAUAUUGAUAUUGAUAUUGAUAUUAAUGCUAAUAAAAAAGAGGAAUGUAGUAAAAUAAUAAAUUAUAAUAUUAAUAACAAUCUUGAUAAUUUUUAUUUAAUAAAAAGGAGAAAAUUUUUUCAGUUUUUUCAAUUUGAUCAAAUUAGUUAUAGAAAUGUAAAACUUCUUUUUUAUUUUUCUUUUUUUAAUUUUGUUAAAGAUAGAAAUAUUAUGAAUCAGUUCAGAAAAAAAGUUAUAAUUUUUUUGAACAUUCUGAAUAAUAUUUUUCAUUUUAAAAGAAAAAAAUAUAUACACUGUUUUUUAAAAAAAAAAAAGAGGAAGAAUAAAAGAUAUGAUAAAAAAAAAAUUAAAUAUGUUGAUAAUCCAAAUAUAGUAACUAAAAAUGAAUACGAUAAUAAAAAAAAAGAAAAGGAAAAUCAAAUGGAUAAAAAUGAACUUUCAUUACAUUAUUCUCAUUUUUCACAAAUUAAUUCUUAUAGCAAUAAUAAUAAUAACUUAAUGGAUAAAAAAAAUAAUACAUUACCGUUUAAUCAAUUAGGUCAUAAUUAUUUAUAUUCUAAUUCUUCUUCCGAUUAUUCUACUUCAUCAAUAUCAACAUUAUCUUUGUCACAAUCAUCUUCAUCUAACUCUUUUAAUGAAUCAGUAGAUUCAUCGUAUAGUGAUUCUAUUUCAUCUAUAUCAAAUAAAUCAAUAAAAAAUAAAUUAAAAAAAAUUUACGAAAAUUUACAUAAUGAAGAAAAAAAUGUAUAUGAAAAAAUUAAAAUAAAAAAUUUAAGAAAAGAUGAUAACUCUUAUUUUUAUAUAUAUAAAGUUGGGUUAUUUUGUAUUACUUCAGGCUUUUAUAAGUAUUCCUAUAAAAUAUUUGAGAAAUUAUACUACCUAAUAACAAAUAGAGACAUAAAAUUGUGGUGCAAAUGUUUAUUAAAUUACUCUAAUUUUUAUAAUGUAAAAAAACAAAAAAAUAAUAAUAAAAAAUAUUAUAAUCCUAUAAAUUUUUUAAAUAUGUCUGAGCAGUGUAUAAAACAAAUGUUUAAUUAUAAAGAUAAUUUUUUUCAUAUGUUAAUAUUUUUAGAGAUAAAAGUCAACUUAUAUAAAGCAAUCGAAAAUUUGAUAAUUCUUAUAAAUGAUAUCAAAAAUGAAAUAAAUUUUACCAUUAAAUAUUUUUCCUAUAAUAUUGAAAAAUUUAUUUCAUCAUUAAAAAAUAUAAUGAUAGCUAUAUUAAUAUUUUUAAAUUUUAAGUAUAUAUUUUCUUCUAUAUCAAAAAAAAUAUUAAUCAUAUAUAUUAUUUUAAUUAAAUCUUUGUUUAUAUUAUGUAACUUUUUGAAAAAUAAAGUUAUUCCAUAUUUAUUUUUAAAUUCUUCCUUUUUAGUAAACAUUUUUGUUGAUGAAUAUUCCGAUGAAGAGAAUGAAAAUGAUUUAUCAGAUGGGUUAGAUCAAGGAAUUUCUAAUUUUAUAAGAUUUUAUCUUCAAAAGAAAAAAGAAAAAAAAUUAAGAAAAACUAUUUUUACAAAGGAAUUAAAAAACACAGAAGGAAAAUUAUUUAAUGAAAUUUUUGAUUACAUAAUAACAAUGUUGAAAAUAAAUACAGAGGAUUUUUUUUUUUAUGAUUAUAUAGAAAAUUUAAUUGAAAUUUAUCAUAAUUUAUUUAAAGACAAUAUUAUAAAUAAGAAAAAAAUUAUAAAUUAUAUAUAUAUUUAUUUAUUAGUCAUAUAUAAAAUUAAUUAUCCAACUCCCCCUCGUGUUUUAUCAUCAGCACCUAUUCCAUUUGUAUCCAGCUCUACUUACAUAUAUAAAUCAAAUAGAGGAAAAGGAUUCUAUGAAGUAGAAUCAGUAAAAUGCAUAGGAGAGUUAAAAAAUGCAAAGAAACAAGUAAUAAAAGAUUUUUAUUAUUGUAAUAUAAAAUUAAUUUUUAAAAAUAAAAUCAUGAGAGACAUAAAUGUAAGAAGUCAAGGAAUUCAUGUUUUAUAUACUUUUCAUAUAAAAAUAGAAAAUGAUGACUUGAAAUAUUUUAAUAUUUUUUUAAUACCACUUGAUAAGUAUAAGAAGUUACUUGGACAAGCGAAGCCAACCUCUUUUUUUUUUAAAUAUAUUUAA